UGUGUCUUUUGCAUAUGAUAAUGUCGGGAGAUUUAAGAUACUAAAAGUUAGGGUAAUUGAUUCUUUGAUGUUUUCUUCAGCACCCUUUUGAGUACUGUGAAAACGCUGCAUUGAUAGAACAGUGAGUGACUAGUAUUUUCGCCUUCCAGUCCCAAGUUAGAAAAAUCAGAAGAUGUGAAAAAUGCAAAGAAACUUUUUUUUUUCUUUUUUGUUUUGGUUUAUUACGGUUUUACUUUUACCAUUUUUCUGGUUAUCAAAACCGAACAGAAACAGAUUGCAAUAAGCAAUAAACCACUGAAGACUAGAAUUAUCAUCAUCGACAAAAUUGGGUAAACUGCCGAAUAAUUGAAGGAGAGCCAUGGCCAAAGAGCUUAUUUCUCUCCAAUAUCUCCGACCACCACCACUUCACUUCUCUCGUCGAUUCCUUAGCCUCUCUUCUCCUUCUUCAACUCUCAAUCUCCGCCGUAAACCACCGCAAAACCCAAUCUUUAUCCGAACCACCUCUCACCGAAACAAAACUUCCCACGACGACGGCGGAAUCCCAGCCGACGAGGUCAAAACCAUCGCCAAAUUCAAAUCCCGCCACAACUACAUCAGAGUCAUCGAAGUUUCACGAAAGACCAAUCACCCACUCGCCGGUUCUCGUCUCCUCCUCCUCGACAACCCCGGUAACAUCCACAGCAUCUCUUUCCUUCUCAAAACCUUAACAGAUAGUUACUUCGACGUUUUCGCUACUCUGCCUCCGAUCAUACCUCCAGGACCCAUCGGUAUUCUCGGGUUCGGAGCUGGUUCAACUGCUCGAUUGAUUCUCGAGCUUUACCCUCCUGAGUUCACCGUCCAUGGAUGGGAGCUUGACCCUUCUGUGAUUGAUGUCGGUAGAGAGUUCUUUGGUCUCUCUAAGCUCGAAAGAGAUCAUAAAGAUAGGAUUUUUAUCAACAUUGGUGAUGCUUUAAACGCUAGUAUGAAAACCGGGUUUUCGGGUAUUUUAGUUGAUUUGUUUAGUAAAGGGAGUGUGAUCAAAGAGCUUCAAGACACAAAAGUGUGGGAGGAUUUGAAAACUAGGUUGAGGAGGAGAGGGAGGAUUAUGGUGAAUGUUGGUGGCAAAUGUGUGGAAGCUGAGGAUUCAGAGAGAGAUGGAGGUUUGGUUAUGGAGGAAACGUUGAAGGCCAUGAGUCAGGUGUUUGGUGAUAAGCUCUUUGUGCUAACGCUUGGCAAUGGGAAUGAUAGCUCGGUGGCUUUAACAGGUGAUUUACCUGAUCUUGAUGCGUGGAAGAAGAGAUUGCCGCGUAGUGAACUGAGAAGCUAUGUUGAUAUGUGGAUACCUUUUAGAGAAUUCAGCUUGUGAUAUUAUUAGUCUUUAAUGGUAUUUUGGUUAGUAAGCAGUUUAGUUUUUGUGAUGGAUGCUGCAAUAUCUCAUUUUUUGUGAUGCUAUGAUGAACCUUGAUUAAGCUAAUACGUACACAAAACUUGUUCUGUUUCA